CGCCCUCGCCUCACAAGCCAUGAUUGCUUCGAGGUCUUCGGCCCUCCGGGCAGCUGCCCGCCAGUCGGCAGCGGCCAACUCGAGGAAGAACCUCUUCUCCACCGUCGCAAAGGCCGCCGUCGCACCUGCUCGCCAGGCCGGUAUUGCCUCCACCGGCGCUGCUCGCGCCGCUGCAGUGCAGAUGCCCAAGGCUUUCGCUGCCCAGGCCCGCAACCUCGCCACUCCUUCCGAGGCCAAGGGUUCGGUUGGUGCCAUUCGCCAGGUUAUUGGCCCCGUAGUCGACGUUCACUUUGAGGGCGAGGUCCUCCCCCAAAUUCUCAACGCUCUCGAGGUUGACGUCAAGGAGGGCCGUCUCGUGCUCGAGGUCGCCCAGCACUUGGGAGAGAACACUGUCCGCACGAUUGCUAUGGACGGUACUGAGGGUCUCGUCCGUGGCCAAAGGGUCGUCGACACCGGUCUGCCCAUCCAGAUCCCCGUCGGCCCCGGCUGCCUGGGCCGUAUCAUCAACGUCGUCGGUGACCCCAUCGACGAGCGUGGACCCAUCAAGGGAAAGAAGCUCGCCCCCAUCCACGUCGAGCCGCCAUCAUUCGUCGACCAGUCGACCACCGCCGAGGUGCUCGAGACAGGUAUCAAGGUCGUCGACCUGCUCGCCCCGUACGCCCGUGGUGGAAAGAUUGGCCUGUUCGGCGGUGCCGGUGUCGGCAAGACGGUGCUGAUUCAGGAGCUGAUCAACAACAUCGCCAAGGCCCACGGUGGUUUCUCUGUCUUCACCGGCGUCGGAGAGCGCACGCGUGAAGGGAACGACUUGUACCACGAAAUGAUUGAGACUGGUGUCAUCAACCUCGAAGGCGAGUCCAAAGUCGCACUCGUGUUCGGUCAGAUGAACGAGCCCCCUGGUGCCCGUGCCCGUGUCGCCCUGACUGGUCUUACCAUCGCCGAGUACUUCCGUGACGAGGAGGGCCAGGACGUGCUUCUGUUCAUCGACAACAUUUUCCGCUUCACCCAGGCCGGUUCCGAGACAUCUGCCUUGCUCGGUCGUAUCCCUUCCGCUGUCGGUUACCAGCCCACGCUGGCCACCGACAUGGGUGGUAUGCAGGAGCGUAUCACUACCACCAAGAAGGGCUCCAUCACGUCCGUCCAGGCCGUCUACGUCCCGGCCGAUGACUUGACGGACCCUGCGCCUGCCACCACCUUCGCGCACUUGGAUGCCACCACUGUGUUGGCCCGUUCGAUCGCCGAGCUGGGUAUCUACCCGGCCGUCGACCCGCUCGACUCCAAGUCGCGUAUGCUCGACCCGGCAAUCGUCGGCAAGGAGCACUACGACACUGCGACGCGUGUGCAGAAGCUGCUGCAGGACUACAAGUCGCUGCAGGACAUUAUCGCCAUUCUGGGUAUGGACGAGCUGUCGGAAGCAGACAAGCUUACCGUCGAGCGCGCCCGUAAGGUGCAGCGCUUCAUGUCGCAGCCGUUCGCCGUCGCACAGGUCUUCACCGGUAUUGAGGGCAAGCUCGUCCCGCUCAAGGACACGAUCAAGGCCUGCAAGGAGAUCCUCACCGGCCAGCACGACGACAAGCCCGAGGGCGCUUUCUACAUGGUCGGCAACAUUGACGAUGUCGCUGCGAAAGCGGCCGAGCUUGCCAAGCAAGCGUCGUAAUCCGUCCCAUGCAUGACGAUUGCGCUGCGAGCAUAUCAAAAUACCACCCUCCUGCAAAAUGAAACAACCGAACCGAACAGAAGUUGACUUGAAGCUUGUUUCGAGAUCAGCUUGAACCCGACUACCUGUAGAGAAGAAGACUGGCUGCACCUGUCUUUUGCCCUUUGAAAGAGAUCGAUGUUACAGUCUUUUGAUUCAAAA